GCUCUAAAGUUUGUGCAAAAAGCAUCUACUUUUUGAGGCCUUCUUGACUUAAAAAGAGAUGUGGGGGGAUUCUCGGUCUGGUAACAGAACAGGACAUUUUCGUGGGAGCCAAGAAGAGAGGUUUGCUCCCGGGUGGAACAGGGAUUAUCCUCCUCCUCCCCUUAAGAGUCAUGCUCAAGAGAGACACUCUGGCAACUUUCCUGGCAGAGAUUCACUUCCCUUUGAUUUCCAGGGGCAUUCGGGGCCUCCUUUUGCAAAUGUAGAGGAGCAUUCUUUCAGCUAUGGAGCUAGAGAUGGACCGCAUGGUGACUAUCGAGGAGGGGAGGGACCAGGACAUGAUUUCAGGGGGGGAGAUUUUUCAUCUUCUGAUUUCCAGAGCAGAGAUUCUUCACAAUUGGACUUCAGGGGCAGGGACAUACAUUCUGGGGAUUUUCGGGAUAGAGAAGGACCACCUAUGGACUAUAGGGGAGGGGAUGGUACUUCUGUGGAUUUUAGAGGUAGAGAGACACCUCAUAUGAACUACAGAGACAGGGAUGCUCACACUGUUGAUUUCAGAGGUAGAGACCCUCCAUCUGACUUUAGGGGCCGGGGCACUUAUGAUUUAGAUUUUAGAGGCCGGGAUGGAUCCCAUGCAGAUUUUAGAGGAAGAGAUUUAUCGGAUUUGGAUUUCAGGACCAGAGAUCAGUCCCGUUCUGAUUUUAGGAAUAGAGAUGUUUCGGAUUUGGACUUGAGGGAUAAAGAGGGAACACAGGUGGACUUUAGAGGCCGAGGUUCAGGUACUACUGAUCUAGACUUUAGGGACAGGGAUACACCACAUUCAGACUUUAGAGGUAGACACCGGUCCAGGACUGAUCAGGAUUUUAGGGGCAGAGAGAUGGGACCUUGUAUGGAAUUUAAAGACAGGGAGAUGCCUCCUGUGGAUCCAAAACUUUUGGAUUACAUUCAGCCCACUACACAAGAUAGAGAACAUUCUUGUAUGAACAUGAACAAGAGAGAAGAAUCCACACAUGACCAUACUGUAGAACGGCCUAGUUUUCGCAUUCAGAAGGGAGAAUUUGAGCAUUCAGAAACAAGAGAAGGAGAAACACAAGGUGUUGCCUUUGAACAUGAGCUUCCAUCAGAUUUUCAAAAGAGCCAAAGUCCAAUUCAAGACCAAGACAAGUCACAGCUUUCUGCAGCCGAGCAACAGAGUUCAGAUGCUGGCCUGUUUAAAGAAAAGGGUGAUCUGGACUUUCUUGGCCAACAAGACACGGAUUACAGAAGUAUGGAGUAUCGUGAUGUGGAUCACAGGUUGCCUGGAAGCCAGAUCUUUGGCUAUGGCCAGAACAAGUCUUUUCUGGAGGGCAAAACUGCCCGAGAUGCCCAACGGGACCUUCAGGACCAAGAUUAUAGAACUGGCCCAAGUGAGGAGAAACCUAGCAGGCUUAUUCGAUUAAGUGGGGUGCCUGAAAAUGCCACAAAAGAAGAGAUUCUUAAUGCCUUUCGGACUGCCAACGGAAUGCCUGUAAAGGAGUUGCAGUUGAAGGAGUAUAACACAGGUUACGACUAUGGCUAUGUCUGCGUGGAGUUUUCACUCUUGGAAGAUGCCAUCGGAUGCAUGGAGGCCAACCAGGGAACUGUAAUGAUCCAUGACAAAGAAAUCACUCUCGAGUAUGUACCAAACCUGGAUUUUUGGUACUGCAAAAGAUGUAAAGCUAGCACUGGUGGGCAUCGAUCUUCAUGUUCAUUCUGCAAGUGUCCAAAGGAAGAGGCCAAGCAAGAAUUAAUAACCUACCCUCAGCCCCAGAAAACAUCUAUACCAGCAUCUUUGGAAAAACAACCCGGCCAGUCCUCGAGGCCAGCUGAUAAAGAAUCUGAAUCUAGAAAACAGGAAGAAGGACAAGAACCACGCUUGGGACAUCAAAAGAGAGAAGCAGAAAGAUAUUUGCCUCAUUCUCGAAGGGAAGGGCUUGCUUUCCGAAGAGACCGAGAGAAGGAGUCAUGGUCUGGGGAGACACGCCAGGAUGGAGAGAGCAAAACAAUCAUGCUAAAACGUAUCUAUCGUUCCACUCCACCUGAGGUGAUAGUGGAAGUGCUGGAGCCCUAUGUCCACCUUACUACUGCCAAUGUUCGUAUCAUCAAGAACAGAACUGGCCCCAUGGGCCACACCUAUGGCUUUAUAGACCUUGACUCCCAUGCGGAAGCUCUUCGUGUAGUGAAGAUUUUGCAGAACCUUGAUCCACCGUUUAGCAUUGAUGGGAAGAUGGUAGCCGUAAACUUGGCUACUGGAAAACGAAGAAAUGAUUCUGGGGACCAUUCUGACCAUAUGCAUUACUACCAGGGUAAAAAAUAUUUCCGAGAUAGGAGGGGAGGUGGCAGAAAUUCAGACUGGUCUUCAGAUACAAAUCGACAAGGACAACAGUCAUCAUCGGACUGCUAUAUAUAUGAUUCUGCUACUGGCUACUACUAUGACCCCUUGGCAGGAACUUACUACGACCCUAACACUCAGCAAGAAGUCUAUGUACCCCAGGACCCUGGGUCACCUGAGGAAGAAGAUAUCAAGGAAAAGAAACCCACCAGUCAAGGAAGGUCAAGUAGCAAAAAAGAAAUGUCUAAGAGAGAUAGCAAGGAGAAAAAAGAUAGGACAGUGACAAAGUUUCAGGAAGAUGCCAGUGAGGGGAAGAGUCCCCCAGAGGAUGUCUUUAAGAAGCCCCUGCCUCCCACUGUGAAGAAGGAAGAGAGUCCUCCUCCUCCAAAGGUGGUAAACCCACUGAUUGGCCUCCUGGGUGAAUAUGGAGGAGACAGUGACUAUGAAGAAGAGGAAGAGGAGCAGACUGCUCCACUACAGCCCCGCACAACACAGCCCCAGCAGCGGGAGGAGCUGACUAAGAAGGAGAAUGAAGAAGACAAACUCACUGACUGGAAUAAGCUGGCUUGUCUGCUUUGUAGAAGGCAGUUUCCCAAUAAAGAAGUUCUAAUCAAACACCAACAGCUGUCAGACCUGCACAAGCAAAACCUGGAAAUCCACCGGAAGAUAAAACAGUCUGAGCAGGAGCUAGCCUAUCUGGAGAGGAGAGAGCGAGAGGGAAGGUUUAAAGAGAGAGGAAAUGAUCGCAAGGAAAAACUCCAAUCUUUUGACUCUCCAGAAAGGAAACGUAUUAAAUACUCCCGGGAAACUGACAGUGACCGUAAGCCUGUUGAUAAAGAAGACAUCAACCCUAGCAGCAAAGGAGGCUGUGUCCAGCAGCCCACUGGCUGGAGAAAAGGGGCAGGCUUGGGAUAUGGCCAUCCUGGACUGGGUUCAUCAGAGGAGACUGAAAGCCGGAUGAGGGGGCCUGGUGUUGGGGUCCCGGGAAGAACCAGCAAGAGACAGUCCAAUGAGACUUACCGAGAUGCUGUUCGAAGAGUCAUGUUUGCUCGGUAUAAAGAACUUGAUUAAGAAUGGAGACAAGUCCCACAGGACACAACUUCCUCUUUGUUUUGUUUGUCCAUCUCUCUUUUUGUUUUGUUACUGUU